AUGGAACCGUGCAGGUCCCACGCCCCGGCCGUGGCCGAGGAACCCAGCACGAAGACGAAGACCCCGCGGGCAAAGACGAAGGCCAAGGCGAAAGCUAAGGCCAAAGGUCGAGCGACAAAGAAGAGGCAGUGUGAGGAUGAGGCUGAGUCGAGUGACGAGGUCCUGCUGGAGCACCUGGCUGAAACCAUGGGGGAUGGUGUUCCCGCCCUGGCUACGGCGGUAUCAGUGAAGCGAGCACUUCGUGCCCGCGAGGGCAAAAGGCCAAAGGCCACCUGCGAGAGAGCAGCCGAACGGGAUACUCAGCGGCUUUUUGAGAGAUCGAAUUUGUCGCUACCGGUGCAGAUUGAGAGUGUGCAACAUGCCACAGCUGAUGCAUCCUCGUCGGAUAUCACAACGUUUCAUGUCCGUCCACAGAGCUGGCUGCAGUUCCUAUUGAGGGAGUGUCCUGACUUACUAGGCGGAAACCCAGGUGAAUGCUACUCCAACUUCGAAUGCUUCUGGAAGUUGUACUCGAUGGAGCACCCCUCCCAUGCCGUUUUCACCUCCCAUGGUCAACGACUUGCUUCUGUGGUUCCGCUUUGUAUACAUGGGGACGAAGGCCGAGGACUCAAGAAAUCAAACUACCUCGUGAUGAGCAUGCAGAGUCCCUUAGGCUCCACCCCAAGGCCUUCCAAGCGCAAGUGCAAUUGCGAAGCGAGCCUCCUCAAUCGUGAGGAUUUGCCUUUCAAGGACGGCCAGGAUCCAUCCCUCAGCAGAACAGUGAAAGAGUUUAUGGAUUCUGUUUGGUGCAAUUUCAAGGGCCAUUCCUACUUGUCGCGCUUUCUGCUGUAUGGGCUUGGGGGCGUGGUGUCGAAAAAUCAUCCAGAAGUGCCAGAAACCAUGUACCGACUCCUAGCCUCGGAUUUGUACGAGCUUUUCCAUACGGGAAUCGAGGUACCAGAUCGAGGUCGAGUGUACGGGGCCGUGAUUGCUCUUAAGGGCGACAUGGAGUGGCACAAAAAGUGUAUGAACCUGACACGUAGCUGGCUCCACGCAGGGCAGAAGUCCGAGGGUGAAGUCUGCCAUUGCUGUUUGGGUGGCAAUAUCAACUAUCCUUUCGAGGAUUAUUCCGAGAACCCCCAAUGGUCCCAAACUCUCUUUCAGUCCCGGCCAUGGACGAAUGCCAAGCCAGCUUCGUUGCUACGAAUCCCUUUUGAUGUUGCUGAGCCUCCAAAGCCUGAGUAUAUCAUCAAGGGUGACUUGUUCCACAUCAUGAAGUCUGGGUGCUGUAGAGACGUCAUCGGAGGGGUUGUACUGUUUCUUUGCCGACAAUCAUAUUUCGAUCAUGCUGGUUCGACAACGAAUCUGCCAGACAGACUCGGUCGAGCCCAUGGCAAUUUCAAGCUAUGGUGCCUCAGCGAAGGCGUCCGCGCAGGGCUUCAUUCGUUUUCGAAAGCAUCUUUCAACAUCAAGAACAUGAUGUCUGCACCGUGGUGUAACUGCAAGGGGUCCGACACUGUACUGCUUCUGCGAUGGCUUUCGUUCUUCUUGACACUUAAUAUACAACACCCUCAAGUUCCGAAUAACAGACGCCAUUUCGGGAUAAUGAAGAUGAUGCUCGAAACCAUCAAAGCUGCACGGACCAUUCUCUCCUUCAUUCGCGAGCACAGAUUGUUUUUGCAUCGAGCGUGUGGCCGCCGACUGUAUGUAACGAUCAUGCGCUUUUUGAGGGGCUAUCAACGCCUUGGUAAACUCGUUCUGGGCCUACAACAGAGAAGCUUCAUACAGAAGCCGAAGCUACAUGCUCUUCACCAUGUGGCAUACCAGCUGCGACGCCAACUAGCUUCAGGCUUACCCAUGAUGAACCCCGAGGCCCAUUGUUGUGAUAUGGAUGAAGACUUCAUUGGGAGAGUAGCGAGGGUCAGCCGGAAGCUUAACAUUCGGCUGUUGGACAAGCGGGUCUUGCAAAGGCAAUUUUUAAAACUCCGAGCCCUUAUCAACAAACGAAAGCGAGAGCCUGCGAAAAAGGUUUCAGGUAAACAGCUGAAGAAGCAAUCUUUCGCAAGCUGA